UUUUUUUUUUUUGAGAUGGAGUCUAGCUCUGUUGCCAGGCUGGAGUGCAAUGGUGCAAUCUCGGCUCACUGCAACCUCCGCAUCCUGGGUUCAAGCGAUUCUCCUGCCUCAGCCUCCUGAGUAGCUGGGAUUACAGACACGCGCCGCUUCGUCCAGCUAAUUUUUGUAUUUUUAGUAGAGGCGGGGUUUCACCACGUUAACCAGGAUGGUCUCCUGGUCUCGUGAUCCGCCCACCUCAGCCUCCCAAAGUGCUGGGAUUACAGGGGUGAGCCACCGUGCCCAGCUAACCUGCCCUUUUAAGAGACAGGGUCUCCACUGGGUUGCCCAGGCUGGAGUACAGUGUUGAUUCACAUGCAUGACCCCACUACUGAUAGGUGUGGGAGUUUUGACCUGCCCCCUUUCUUUUUUUUCUUCACUACCUGACCCGCCCCUCCCGCCCCCGCCCCCCCCACCCCGCAACUUUUUUUUUUCUUUUUUUUUUUUUUUGAGACGGAGUCUCACUCACUCUGUUGCCCAGGCUGGAGUGCAGUGGCAUAGUCUUGGCUCACUGCAACCUGUCUUCUGGGUUCAAGCAGUUCUUGUGCCUCAGCCUCCCGAGUAGCUGAGAUUACAGAUGCCCGCCACCCUGCCCAGUUAAUGUUUGUAUUUUAAUACAGUUGGGGUUUUGCCUUGUUGGCCAGGCUGGUCUCGAACUCCUGGCCGACCUGGGCUGGUUCACCCCUUCUUAGGCAGUCUGGUAGUACCCACUCCUUGGAGGUCACCACACUGAUGCCAUACUUAGUGCGGCCACCUGAUUGGCACCAUGCGAUAUAGCCCAGAACUCCUGGGCUCAGGCCAUCCUCUUCCCUCCUCAGCCUCUCAGGUAGUUGGGACUACAGGUGCUCACUUCCGCGCCCAGGCUUGUUUCGUUUUUGGCAUUGUCUUGUCCCGGAAAGGGCAUGAGAUAGACUCAGUGUUGCAUUUUGUGCUUAAAGAUCUCUGUACCUCUGACGUGUUUUAUGUGGGCAAUUAGAACUUGCUGAAAAUGGAAUAUACUACCUAAGCAGGUGCACAGAUGAGUACCGUUAUGGCUAGUGGUACUGAAGCUCAAAAUGGACAUUCACCCACUGGAAUUCGGAGACAUUGGCAGUGAUCUGUAACAGGUUGCUUAAUCUUUGAGCCUGUUUCCCUGUCAGUGAGAUUGGGUAGCAGAAGCACUCCAUCCACCUUUCAGGGUUAGCUCUGCUUGUUACUGAUGAGGGUCAAGCACAGCAGAAGGAAUUGCUCCUACCCACCCUGCAGUGCUCUUACUUCACUGAAGGUUCUGUAGGUGAUUGAUGGUGCAGUGUUUUGGUUAGCCUUUCAAUUUUGAGUGAUUCUGAUUUGUUCACUCAACUUGAGGAGACUUGGCCUGACCAGUUCAGUCGCCUCUGCUUCCUGUGUGUGUUCCUUUCCCUACUUUGUUUCCUUGUCCAUCCUGAAUUUUGAGUUUACCAGUUUUGUGUUUGUUGCAUGUGUAUAGGUAUACCUCGUUUUAUUGUGCUUUGCAGAUAAUUGCGGUUUUUUUAUUUACAAAUUGAGAAUUUGUGGUGACCCGGCAUUGAGCAAGUCUUUUAUCAGUGCCAUUUUUCCAAUAGCGUGUGCUCACUUCAUCUCUGUGUCACAUUUUGGUAAUGUGACCAAUGUUUCAGACUAUUAUCUGUUAUAUUUGUGAUCAGUGAUUUUGGGUAUCAUCAUAGUUUUGGGGAACCACAAACCAUGUCCAUCUAAGAAGGUAAAUUUAAUCUGUAAAUGUUUGUGUUCUGACUGCCCCAGCUACUGACUAUUUCUCAUCUCUUUUCCUCUCCUCAGAUCUCUCUGUUCCUUGAGACACAACUAUCCUAAAAUUAGGCCGGUUAGUAACCCUAUAAUGGCCUUUGAAGUGUUCAAAUGAAAGGAAGGAUCGCGCGUCUCUCACACCAAGUCAAAAGCUAAAAAUGGCCAGGCAUGGAGUUCAUGCCUGUAAUCCUAGCAUUUUGGCAGGCUUAGGUGGGAGGAUCACUUGAGGACAGGAGUUUGAGACCAGCCUGCGCAGCAUGGUGAGGCCUCGUCUUCACAAAAAAAAUGGAAAAAGUAGCCAGGUGUGGUGGCACACGCCUGUGGUCCCAGCUACUUGGGAGGCUGAGAUGGGAGGAUUGCUUGAGCCUAGGAGGUUGAGGCUGCAGCAAGCUGUGAUUAUGCCACUGCACUCCAGCCUGGAUGACAGAGCAAUACCCUUUAACAACGAUAAAAAGCAAUAACAUAUUUUGAAAGCCAAAAGUUAGGCUGCUUAAGCCAGAUAGUUAACCAGAUUGUGAAUGCAAAGGAGUUCUGGAAGGAAAUUAAAAGUGUGACUCCAGUGAAUGCCUGAGUGAUAAGAAAGUGAAACAACCUUAUUGCUGAUAUGGAGAAAGCUUUAGUGGUCUGGAUAGAUCAAGCCAGCCGCAAUAUUCCCUUAAGCCAAAGCCUAAUCUAGCAAGGCCAUAGUAACUCUAUUCAAUUCUUUGGAGGCUAAGAGAGGUGAGAAAGCUGCAGAAGAAAAGUUUGAAGCCAGCAGAGGUUGGUUCAUGAGGUUUAAGGAAAGAAGCCAUCUCCAAAACAUAAAAGUACAAGGUGAAGCAGCAAGUGCUGAUGGAAAAACUGUAGCAAGUUAUCCAGAUCUAGCUAAGAUAAUUGAUAAAGGUGGCUACAGUAAACAUUUUAGUGUAGACAAAAUAGUCUAUUGGAAGAAAAUGCCAUCUAGGCUUUUAUAGCUGUAGAAAAAUCAGUACUUGGCAUCAAAGGACAGGCUGCCUCUCAUUAGGGGCUACUGCAGCUGAUGACUUUAAGUUGAAGCUACCGCUCAUUAGCCAUUCUGAAUAUCCAAGGACCUUAAGAAUUAUGCUAAAUCUACUCUGCCUGUGCUCUGUAAAGGGAAAAACAAAGUCUGAGUGACAGCACAUCUGUUUACAGCAUCAUUUACAGAAUAUUUUAAGCCUACUGUUGAGACGUAUUGCUUAGAAAAAAUAUUUUUCAAAAUAUUACAACUCGUUGAUAAUGCACCUUGUCACGCAAGACCUCUGGUGGACAUGCACAAGGAGAGUGCCUGGUGAAGAAUGUGAUGGGAUCACUAGCAUGUCUGCGGAGAGCGGCCCUGGGACGAGAUUGAGAAAUCUGCCAGUAAUGGGGGAUGGACUAGAAACUUCCCAAAUGUCUACAACGCAGGCCCAGGCCCAACCCCAGCCAGCCAACGCAGCCAGCACCAACCCCCCGCCCCCGGAGACCUCCAACCCUAACAAGCCCAAGAGGCAGACCAACCAACUGCAAUACCUGCUCAGAGUGGUGCUCAAGACACUAUGGAAACACCAGUUUGCGUGGCCUUUCCAGCAGCCUGUGGAUGCCGUCAAGCUGAACCUCCCUGAUUACUAUAAGAUCAUUAAAACGCCUAUGGAUAUGGGAACAAUAAAGAAGCGCUUGGAAAACAACUAUUACUGGAAUGCUCAGGAAUGUAUCCAGGACUUCAACACUAUGUUUACAAAUUGUUACAUCUACAACAAGCCUGGAGAUGACAUAGUCUUAAUGGCAGAAGCUCUGGAAAAGCUCUUCUUGCAAAAAAUAAAUGAGCUACCCACAGAAGAAACCGAGAUCAUGAUAGUCCAGGCAAAAGGAAGAGGCCGUGGGAGGAAAGAAACAGGGACAGCAAAACCUGGCGUUUCCACGGUACCAAACACAACUCAAGCAUCGACUCCUCCACAGACCCAGACCCCUCAGCCGAAUCCUCCUCCUGUGCAGGCCACGCCUCACCCCUUCCCUGCCGUCACCCCAGACCUCAUCGUCCAGACCCCUGUCAUGACAGUGGUGCCUCCCCAGCCACUGCAGACGCCCCCGCCGGUGCCCCCCCAGCCACAACCCCCACCCACUCCAGCUCCCCAGCCCGUACAGAGCCACCCACCCAUCAUCGCGGCCACCCCACAGCCUGUGAAGACAAAGAAAGGAGUGAAGAGGAAAGCAGACACCACCACCCCCACUACCAUUGACCCCAUUCACGAGCCACCCUCGCUGCCCCCGGAGCCCAAGACCACCAAGCUGGGCCAGCGGCGGGAGAGCAGCCGGCCUGUGAAACCUCCAAAGAAGGACGUGCCCGACUCUCAGCAGCACCCAGCACCAGAGAAGAGCAGCAAGGUCUCGGAGCAGCUCAAGUGCUGCAGCGGCAUCCUCAAGGAGAUGUUUGCCAAGAAGCACGCCGCCUACGCCUGGCCCUUCUACAAGCCUGUGGACGUGGAGGCACUGGGCCUACACGACUACUGUGACAUCAUCAAGCAUCCCAUGGACAUGAGCACAAUCAAGUCUAAACUGGAGGCCCGUGAAUACCGUGAUGCUCAGGAGUUUGGUGCUGACGUCCGAUUGAUGUUCUCCAACUGCUAUAAGUACAACCCUCCUGACCAUGAGGUGGUGGCCAUGGCCCGCAAGCUCCAGGAUGUGUUCGAAAUGCGCUUUGCCAAGAUGCCGGACGAGCCUGAGGAGCCAGUGGUGGCCGUGUCCUCCCCGGCAGUGCCCCCUCCCACCAAGGUUGUGGCCCCGCCCUCAUCCAGCGACAGCAGCAGCGAUAGCUCCUCGGACAGUGACAGUUCGACUGAUGACUCUGAGGAGGAGCGAGCCCAGCGGCUGGCUGAGCUCCAGGAGCAGCUCAAAGCCGUGCACGAGCAGCUUGCAGCCCUCUCUCAGCCCCAGCAGAACAAACCAAAGAAAAAGGAGAAAGACAAGAAGGAAAAGAAAAAAGAAAAGCACAAAAGGAAAGAGGAAGUGGAAGAGAAUAAAAAAAGCAAAGCCAAGGAACCUCCUCCUAAAAAGACGAAGAAAAAUAAUAGCAGCAACAGCAAUGCGAGCAAGAAGGAGCCAGCGCCCAUGAAGAGCAAGCCCCCUCCCACGUAUGAGUCGGAAGAAGAGGACAAGUGCAAGCCUAUGUCCUAUGAGGAGAAGCGGCAGCUCAGCUUGGACAUCAACAAGCUCCCCGGCGAGAAGCUGGGCCGCGUGGUGCACAUCAUCCAGUCACGGGAGCCUUCCCUGAAGAAUUCCAACCCCGACGAGAUUGAAAUUGACUUUGAGACCCUGAAGCCGUCCACACUGCGUGAGCUGGAGCGCUAUGUCACCUCCUGUUUGCGGAAGAAAAGGAAACCUCAAGCUGAGAAAGUUGAUGUGAUUGCCGGCUCCUCCAAGAUGAAGGGCUUCUCGUCCUCAGAGUCGGAGAGCUCCAGUGAGUCCAGCUCCUCUGACAGCGAAGACUCCGAAACAGAGAUGGCUCCGAAGUCAAAAAAGAAGGGGCACCCCGGGAGGGAGCAGAAGAAGCACCAUCAUCACCACCAUCAGCAGAUGCAGCAGGCCCCGGCUCCUGUGCCCCAGCAGCCUCCCCCGCCUCCCCAGCAGCCCCCACCGCCUCCACCUCCGCAGCAGCAACAGCAGCCGCCACCCCCGCCUCCCCCACCCUCCAUGCCGCAGCAGGCAGCCCCGGCGAUGAAGUCCUCGCCCCCACCCUUCAUUGCCACCCAGGUGCCCGUCCUGGAGCCCCAGCUCCCAGGCAGCGUCUUUGACCCCAUCGGCCACUUCACCCAGCCCAUCCUGCACCUGCCGCAGCCUGAGCUGCCCGCUCACCUGCCCCAGCCACCCGAGCACAGCACUCCACCCCAUCUCAACCAGCACGCAGUGGUCUCUCCUCCAGCUUUGCACAACGCACUGCCCCAGCAGCCAUCACGGCCCAGCAACCGAGCCGCUGCCCUGCCUCCCAAGCCCGCCCGGCCCCCAGCCGUGUCACCAGCCUUGACCCAAACACCCCUGCUCCCACAGCCCCCCAUGGCCCAACCCCCCCAAGUGCUGCUGGAGGAUGAAGAGCCACCUGCCCCACCCCUCACCUCCAUGCAGAUGCAGCUGUACCUGCAGCAGCUGCAGAAGGUGCAGCCCCCUACGCCGCUACUCCCUUCCGUGAAGGUGCAGUCCCAGCCCCCACCCCCCCUGCCGCCCCCACCCCACCCCUCUGUGCAGCAGCAGCUGCAGCAGCAGCCGCCACCACCCCCACCACCCCAGCCCCAGCCCCCGCCCCAGCAGCAGCAUCAGCCCCCUCCACGGCCCGUGCACUUGCAGCCCAUGCAGUUCUCCACCCACAUCCAACAGCCCCCGCCACCCCAGGGCCAGCAGCCCCCCCAUCCGCCCCCGGGCCAGCAGCCACCCCCGCCGCAGCCUGCCAAGCCUCAGCAAGUCAUCCAGCACCACCAUUCACCCCGGCACCACAAGUCGGACCCCUACUCAACCGGUCACCUCCGCGAAGCCCCCUCCCCGCUUAUGAUACAUUCCCCCCAGAUGUCACAGUUCCAGAGCCUGACCCACCAGUCUCCACCCCAGCAAAACGUCCAGCCUAAGAAACAGGUAACUGGCAAGGCUGGGCCUAGUCCCGUGGGCCAGGGCCGGGGGUGCCUGCCCACCUCACCGGCCGCUGUGCCUGUGCCAUCCCAGGAGCUGCGUGCUGCCUCUGUGGUCCAGCCCCAGCCCCUCGUGGUGGUGAAGGAGGAGAAGAUCCACUCACCCAUCAUCCGCAGCGAGCCCUUCAGCCCCUCGCUGCGGCCGGAGCCCCCCAAGCACCCGGAGAGCAUCAAGGCCCCCGUCCACCUGCCCCAGCGGCCGGAGAUGAAGCCUGUGGAUGUCGGGAGGCCUGUGAUCCGGCCCCCAGAGCAGAAUGCACCGCCGCCGGGGGCCCCUGACAAGGACAAACAGAAACAGGAGCCGAAGACUCCAGUUGCGCCCAAAAAGGACCUGAAAAUCAAGAACAUGGGCUCCUGGGCCAGCCUAGUGCAGAAGCAUCCGACCACCCCCUCCUCCACAGCCAAGUCAUCCAGCGACAGCUUCGAGCAGUUCCGCCGCGCCGCUCGGGAGAAAGAGGAGCGUGAGAAGGCCCUGAAGGCUCAGGCCGAGCACGCCGAGAAGGAGAAGGAGCGGCUGCGGCAGGAGCGCAUGAGGAGCCGAGAGGACGAGGAUGCGCUGGAGCAGGCCCGGCGGGCCCAUGAAGAGGCACGUCGGCGCCAGGAGCAGCAGCAGCAGCAGCAGCGCCAGGAGCAACAGCAGCAGCAGCAGCAACAGCAAGCAGCUGCGGUGGCUGCCGCCGCCACCCCCCAGGCCCAGAGCUCCCAGCCCCAGUCCAUGCUGGACCAGCAGAGGGAGUUGGCCCGGAAGCGGGAGCAGGAGCGAAGACGCCGGGAAGCCAUGGCAGCUACCAUUGACAUGAAUUUCCAGAGUGAUCUAUUGUCAAUAUUUGAAGAAAAUCUUUUCUGAGCGCACCUAGGUGGCUUCUGACUUUGAUUUUCUGGCAAAACAUUGACUUUCCAUAGUGUUAGGGGCGGCGGUGGAAGUGGGAGCAGCGGCCAGGGGAUGCCUCCGGGCCUGGCCCUCCUGCAUGCUAUGCCCGGGGCAGGCCUGAUGGGCAGCUGAGGAUUGCAGAGCCUGUCUGCCUUACGGCCAGUCGGACAGACGUCCCGCCACCCACCACCCCUCACAGGACGUCCGCUCAGCGCACGCCUUGUUACGAGCAAGUGCCGGCUGGACCCAAGCCCUGCAUCCCCACAUGCGGGGCAGAGGCCCUUCUCUCCGCCAAAUGUCUACACAGUAUACACAGGACAUCGUUGCUGCCGCCACCGUGACUGGUUUUCUGUCCCCAAGAACGUGACGUUCGUGAUGUCCUGCCCGCCAGGAGUCUUUCCCCACACCCCAGCCGUCGCCGCCCGCUCCCAGGAGGCCAGAGCAGGCCCACGUGGGCUGCAGGCGGGCAAGGCCAGCCCACCCCCUCGCUGGCACUGACUUUGCCUUGAACAGACCCCCCCGACCCUCCCCCACAAGCCUUUAAUUGAGAGCCGCUCUCUGUAAGUGUUUGCUUGUGCAAAAGGGAAUAGUGCCGUGGAGGUGUGUGUGUCCAUGGCAUCCGGAGCGAGGCGACUGUCCUGCGUGGGUAGCCCUCGGCCGGGGAGUGAGGCCACCAACCAAAGUCAGUUCCUUCCCACCUGUGUUUCUGUUUUUUUUUUUUUCUUUUUUUCUUUUUUUUUUUCUAUAUAUAUUUUUUGUUGAAUUCUAUUUUAUUUUUAAUUCUCUCUUCUCCUCCAGACACAAUGGCACUGCUUAUCUCCGAAAUGGUGUGAUCGUCUCCUCAUUGAGCAGCGGCUGCCACCGCGCUGUGGGUAGUGUGUGACCGUGGCUGUACUGUAUAGUGAACAUAGUUGGCAUACCUUUGUUUGAAGUUUGUUGGUGACUCCACCAAACUGGUGUGAAAAAAGAAAAAUGCUCAAAAAAAUCCACAAAAACAAAACACACAAAAAAAUCCUGCCUAUAUUUUACUCAGUUUCAAACUUUAUUAGUCUAUUUUUAAUUAUAAAACCAGAAAGCUGCAAUUUCUUUUCUUUCCCCUCCACCCCACCCCCCUACCCAUUUGUUGGCUUUUUUGUUUUUUAAUGUCAGAUCUGUUGAGUUGGUUUUUUUUGUUUUUGUUUUUGUUUUUGUUUUUGUUUUUACUGAGAAAGGAAGGGCCAAGGGAUGAGGUGGGCACCGGGCCCUGGGGGCGCCACAGACUAAGGCAGAGACUCCCCCACCUGGCGCCCAGCCCCAACCAGCUGGCCGCUCCUGCCCAUGCUUUUUUUUUUUUUAUUUUAUUUUUAUUUUAUAAUUGGAGCCCCUGGUGAGGUUACGCGUGCCAUGAGAACCCACUCUACACCAUGACGCUGGUGCCUCAGUGUUGGCCAAACUCUGGAGUCACUGACUGGUUUGACUUUCAUACGGUGAAUAUGCAUUUGGUCUGUACUGAUCAUGGAAUAAACACAUCUCUCUUUUUUUAA